AUGUCCUCCUCCUACGCCCACCUCCUCCCCCCAAGCUGGAAACCCCAAGUCACCGCCUGGCUCGCCGAAGACACGCCCUCCUUCGACUACGCAGGCUUCGUCGUCGGCGAACACCCGCGCACCGCCACCCUCUGGGGGAAAUCCGCCGGCAUCAUCGCCGGGCGCCCCUUCUUCGACGAGGUCUUUCACCAGUGCGGCUGUGAAGUCGCGUGGCACGCAGAAGAAGGCUCUUCUAUCGACCUCUCCAAAUCCUCCGAUGGCAAGAUUAAAGUUGCGACCGUUACGGGCCCUGCGAGAGGACUGCUGCUUGGAGAGAGAGUUGCGCUGAAUACACUUGCUAGAUGUUCUGGCGUUGCGACGCAGAGCGAGAGAGUCGUGUCCAAGUUGCGCAAGGCUGGGUAUAAAGGCGUGUUGGCCGGCACGCGUAAAACCACGCCGGGUUUUCGGCUGGUGGAAAAGUACGGUAUGCUUGUCGGAGGCGCGGACGGGCACAGGAUGGACCUGAGCGCGAUGGUGAUGCUCAAGGACAACCACGUGUGGAGCCGCGGCAGCAUCACCGAGGCCGUGGCGGCUGCGAAAGCGGUCGCCGGGUUCAGCGUCAAGAUCGAGGUCGAAGUACAAAGCGAGGCCGAAGCCGACGAGGCGAUUGCCGCCGGCGCGGACGUGGUGAUGCUGGACAACUUCACUGGCGACGGCGUCAAGGUUGCGGCGCGGAGCUUGAAGGAGAGGUGGGCUGGCAAGAAGCAGUUUUUGCUCGAAGUCUCUGGAGGACUGCGGGAGGACAAUGUCGAGCCAUAUGUGUGCCACGAUGUGGACAUUAUCUCGACGAGCUCGAUUCACCAGGGAGUUCCGCAUGUCGACUUUUCCCUCAAGAUCAACCACUAA